GGCUGAAGUUACUUUAGAUGAUCAUUUUAACUAAUUUUUCAUAAAGUUUUUUCUUUAUAAUAUAAAUAAAACAUAUUUUAAAUAUUUUUUUCAUAAACCAGCGGAGUUAGCCAAUCAAACCAGCGGAGUUAGCCAAUCAAACCAGCAGAACUUCAUAAAUUUCAACAAAAUUACCUGGCACAUUCGAUUUGGGACUUUGGGUGUUAUCAAGCUGAUCUAAUCUUACGGCGUAGUACUAUCUAUUUAAUUUAAUAACAUCAAAUUAGAGUAAUCUUACGGCGUAGUACUAUGACUAUUUAAUAACAUAAAUUAGAGUUAAUUAAAGACUUCAAAAGAGGGUUAGAAUUUUCAAAAGAGUGGGUCUAUAUAAGAUAGAAAGUCACUAGUGCAGUACACAACGAAGACGCUCUCUGUCUCUCUCUCUCUGACUCCCCUUUCCACUUGCAUCUAUGGCCAAGCAAGUUUUUAUCUUCUUCCUCAUCGCCCUCUUAUCAUCCUCUUUCCAAAUUAAUGCCAGAGAAAGCCAUUUCUUCAACAAAGUCUCCAGCAGCAAUGCUGUCAACAGCGAAGCCCAGCAGGCAACUGCUGUUCCACAAAAGCAGGAACCAACUUUCACCGUAGAGAAUGAAAACACCUAUGGCCUUUUCAGUCAUGAGGCCGGCCAGCUUCCUCCUUCCGCCACCACCUUCAACCGCCAGCAAACCCACACCACCCCAACCCAAAUCUCGGCUGACAUCCCGAACAAGAAAUAUCUUCCCAAGAACUACAACCCUGUUGCCUACAUUACCGUCGCCGAAGACCGCACUUAUGACGCCGCCGCCGCCGCGGGUAACAGUCAAGGCGACAAAGAAUCGAACUUUCACAUCGAAAACGCAAAUUUCUUGAGCAAGGACCUCACCCCCACUGAACCCACCGGCCGAAAAGAGUCAAGCAUGCCAGAUGGCACGUUGUUCGACGACAAGGAGUUCACUCCGGCCAACGCCGCCGAUAACUACCAGGAGUCCACCACCGCGUCUGCCGGCGGCGGCAACACUAACAACUACCUCGACAACCUAGAAUCAAGCGUGCCCGAAGAGAAAUUCACCGAGAGUGAGUUUCGCAACCAGCAGGAAGAAGAACCCUUCUCCGGCACUGGUGCAAACUGGGUUCAGCAGCAGGGGAUGAGUGACACGAGAUUUUUGGAAAACGGGAAAUACUAUUACGACCUCAACACAGAGAGAUCCGUGAGAAGCCCAUUUGAAAAUUCAAAAAGCUUUGCAAGAAACCAGUUGAAGAACAGCAACUUCAUGGAGAACAACUUCCAGGAUGUUGCUGAGUUCCCAGAUGAAGAGGAAAUGCCUUGAGAUCUGUUCUCUUUUCUUUCGUCUUUUCCUUUUCUCAGAUCUGAAAGACUGUUGUGUGUGUGAAAGUCCCAAAGUUUCCAAAGCAAACUCGGUGCUUUGUUCUGUGUUUAGCCGUUUAGGGGAUAUUGAUCGUUAUUAUAAUAUAUUAUUAUAAUACUCCGUAUGUUAUUACUCCGUAUUAUUAUUAUAGAAAUUGCUCUUAUUAUUAGGUAAAAAAAGGAGCAGUUGGUCCCUUCUUCAUAGUCAAGAUUCGGUUGUUGAAUUAGGUGCGUAGUCUCGUGGUAUGCUUUUGACUUUUGUAUCUGGUGUGGUUAAGUGACAAACAUUUUACCAUAGUGCAAAAGCACACCCUUUCCAGUUUGUGAAUGUCACAAACUGUGAUGAGAGGUUUUAGUAUUGAGUUCUAAUCCCGGCAACUGUGAUGAGAGGUUACUGAGUUAAAAAUGCAUAGUGUCUUUACAAGUACUAGGGCCAGAGUCUCAUUCUCCAUCUACUAGUUUGUGAUUAAAGUCUAACUUAUAUUCUCCCAUCUAACUGUUCGGUUAGUGUCGGGGAUCACAAUGAAUCCCAAGCCUUCAUUCGUUUUCAC